AUUAAAAAGUUAAGAGUGCGGCCAUUUUCAUUCUCUGUUCUCCGUUCUCUAUUCUUGCCGUCAUAUGGCGUUUUAGUGUGUUCUUUAGCCGCCAUAUUAAAUAAAUGAAAUCAAUAAAAUAAGGCAAAAUGUCGCUCCACUAAAACAAUCCAUAAACAUCUAGUUUUUGUGUAAUCAAAACAUCAAGAGGAUCACAAUGGAGAAUUCCUACGGUGUGGGGAUAGUGAAUAGAUAUGCUCUUUUCCUGGACGACGAGUCCGAUCCUCUUGAUGCUAUAAAAGCUCGAGAGCAGGCAAAAGAGCAAAAAAAAAAGACCAAAGACGCCGAGAAGGAGAACAAGGGUAAACCCGAGGUCAAGCCUAAAGGCGGCAGUGUCGUUGUAAGGAAGGGAAUCAAAGAAACCCAAAAUGUGAAGUCCGUGGAAAAUAAAAGUGGCGAUCAACAGAAGAACAAAGGUCCGCCGCGAACGACCGAUCGCAACACGGAGAGACCGCCCCCGCGGCGUCGCGAGGAGCGUCCGCAGAAUGGAGCCGUCGAGAACAAGGAAGGAGCCAGGCCCCCUCGCCGCGACUUCGGCGACCGGAGGCCUAACUUCGAACGACGCAACUUCAACGAGAACCCCGAAGGAGGCGAGCGUAGGGGCCCCAGACCUCCGCGCGAGCCACGCGAAGGUCAGCGCGGUCCCAGGCCGGGCUACGAUGGCCGAGGAAAGAGGGAGUUCGACAGGCGGUCGGGUUCGGACAAGACGGGCGUGAAGCCCGUCGACAAACGCGAAGGAGCCGGUCCCCACAACUGGGGAACGAUCAAAGACGACUUGGACGAGUUGAACAAGACGGGGUCCGAAGGCGAGGCGGCCGAGGAGAAGCCCGCGGACGCGGCGGCGGCCGGCGACGGCCAGCAGCCCGAGCCCGAGCGCGCGCCGCCGGCCGAGGAGGAGCCGCGCGAGCUCACGCUGGACGAGUACAAGGCGCUGCGCAACGCCGCGCGCGCGCAACCGCAGUACAACCUGCGCAAGGCGGGCGAGGGCGAGGACCUGAGCCAGUGGAAGAACCUCGUGCUGCUGGAGAAGAAGAAGGAGGCAGAGCAAGCUGAGCACGAGGAGGAAGAUGACGAGGAGUACGAUAUCGCUGACUACCCGCAGCGCGUGGGACGCCAGAAGCGCGUGCUGGGCAUCGAGUUCACGUUCAACGACACGGCGCGGCGCGGCGGUACCGGUGGCCGCGGCGGGCGGGGGCGCGGGCGCGGGCGCGGUGGCCGCGGCGGAGGCGCCCCGGGCGGCGCACCACGCGAGCCGGAGGUGCCACCCGAGGAGCGGCCGGCGGCGCGCAGCCAGGUCGCUCCGCCUAAGGUGGACGACAGCAAGGAUUUCCCCUCUCUCAGCUAGACUCGCGGCGAGUCUCCGUUCUUCUCUCCUUUCGAAAGUACGAUAGAGAUACAGAUUAAAUUGUAUGUACCGUUAUUUUUGAAGUAAAUAUACAAAAUAUUUACAGAGAUGUGUAUUAUAUUGCAUUCGGUUGAGUCGUUGUCUCCAUGUUGGUGUCUAAAUCCUGCUGGUGAAGUGCAGUUCUUUAAAUUUUUAUCAGGGAUGUGACGAAGGCGAGAUCAGAGUGCGGCUCGGUGUAAGGGAGGGGAAGGACUCUGGGUUUACUUUGCAUACACGUAGCAACAGUCAUGCGUAUAUGAAUCUAUCUUAACAGUAGCUUCUAUUAUAAUCACAUCGGCUUACAUUUAUUUUGAUGAGUUCUAAUAUCCGAUAAGUUUUUAAAGUUGUGGACUGUGCCACAUAAUAAAUUAACUCUGUCACAACUUAGCUUAGAGUAUUGUGAAUUAACCUGUUGCAUUUUGUAUCACAGUUUGUGUUGACAGAUGCAGACUUUACACUGUAAAUAGUUUUAUAAAUGUUUAAAAGAUAAGGUCUUUAAUAACAAGGUUGAUUUUUGUUGUUACACAAACUUCUUGAAAAAUAAACAUUUUGUAUGUGUG